AUGGAGCAAGCCCGCGGUCUGAGGCUUGUCGACGGUGAAUGGGUGUCUAUGCCUCUCGACGCGUAUCACAUCAUGGCCAACACCCACCAAGAUGACACUGAGAUGCGAGAUGCAGCUCCCAAGCCAAUCCUACAGAUACCAGAGUACGGUAUACUUUCGCAAACCGUCAUUGCUACUCCUUUGACUAAGCUCAUCCUGCCGGCCAACAUACGCCACAAGGAUGUGACUGAUGUUGUGCUGGUCGGCGAGGACGCUGUACAUUUGAAAGAAAUCCGUGACUACGGCCAUAUCCGCCAUGUCGCUACCAAGACUGACUUCAACGGCGGCCGCAUCAUCACCGCCAGAGUGUUUGGAGAUCCACGUGAGGUUUCAAACACAAACAGAAUUGGCCUUCCUUUGCCCCACCUAAGACACAGGUCACGACAGUCAAUGAGCCAAGAUGACAACCACUUGCCCCCAGAAGUCGUCCUGCUUACUCUCUCCAACAGAACACUCAUGUUCUUGUGUGCCCGCGACACCCAGACGGGCGCCUCUAGCUUUGUCCACAAGUCUGUCAGACUGCCUGCAGGGAGUUCACGGUUUGAUCGACUUGGCGCCUUUCUCGCCGUCGACUUCAAGUGCCGCGCAAUAGCUGUAGCAGCGCAUGAAGGCCGCUUUAUCCUAUACAAGACCAAAUCCAUGGAAAGGUGGAGAAAGGAGGUCAAGGAGCGCGGUAGCAUGAUAACGCCUAUAGAAGAUGAGCGCAUCAUAUCAGUCCAGGGGCAGAUUAUGCACAUGGAUUUUCUUUCGUCUGGAGGCGGACAUGAUGACUACCACGUCGUCCUCCUUCUUGUAAUCGUCCUGGAUGGAAAGACAAGGCUUUCUUGCUUCGAUUGGGACUGUAGACAGGAUUUAAGCAAGGCAACUGCGCGCACAGAGCGAUACUUUGUUCAAUACGAGGACACUAUGCCUUCACUCCUGAUCCCUCUGCGGCGUAGUCCCGAUUUCUUCUUAGUUUUCGACGAGCACAUCUCCGUGUAUAAAAACAUCCUUUCUGGAGAUCCAGCACGAACAUUAGUGCCCAUUGAUCCGGGAAUACUCCUUCCCCUCCUACCGGGUGACAGCAAGUCUAGACCGAAAUGGACAGCGUGGGACAAGACACUGCGCAACCCCGACUAUCCAAAAGAGGCCUUCUACCUUGCGAGAGAGGAUGGGCGCAUCGUUUAUCUUGUCCGAGGCCCAGCUGGGACAGUAGAAAUAAAUGAGGUCGGCGAAUGGUCACAUCGUCUUGGCGCUGCUUUUGCAUGCUUGAGCGUCGACAACUCUGAAGCCUCGCAACAGUACCCGGAUUUCCUGAUUGCGGGUGGCGCGAGCAACGACGGACUGCUGUGCAAGGUUGGACCAUGGCCCAUUGAAUACUCCUAUACUGAAAAUGGAAUGAACUCAUUUUCCUUUAUCGAUUCAUUGCCCGAUUGGACGCCUCUUACCGACCUCGCAGUCACCAAACUGUCCAGUCCACGGGCUCCAGAGGAACGCCAGCGCGCUUCCAUUUUUGUCGCCAACGGCAAUACUCCACAUGGCGAAAUAUCAGAGCUCAGACAUGGAGUGCAAGCCCUGGUGGAUGACAGCUUCAGUGGUGUCAAUGGCUGUGCUGGCAUAUGGGUUGUUGAUCACGGUAGCCAUGUUGUUGAAAUCGAAGGCACAAUAACAAGACAGCACUAUGCAAUACUUGCAAUAACCCUGCCACCAGAGACUCUCGUGAUCCGCGUGGUUCGAACACAACCAGAGAGCGAUACAGACUUUUCGGGCGCGUGGGAGCUAGGUUCGUGGGACAAGUUCCAAACACCCAGUAAUGACGACCCGCUGGAGGAUAGCCUCGUGAGGGAUGAAGAAACCAUAUGUGCCUGUCCUUGGACUGACGAGAUGUCGAUCCAAAUUACAAGGCAAGAAGCUCGCACCCUUCUCCGACCGACACUGCGCCAAGUAGACGCGUUGUCAUUCAAUACGUCGCUUUUACUGGCUGCUUCUCGCUCUGCGUGUCCAUUCAUCGCAGUUGUUUUCCGCGAAGGAGGGAGCACAUACUUGGAGAUUGUACGGAUAUCGAGUGGCGGCACCUUUGAGAAGACGGGCAAUUUCCGCCAGCAGCUGCUCUACGACCCUACUUGUGUGGAAAUUUUGGAGAUUGGUGGCACCCCACACGUGUUUGUCAGUACAUUUGACUCUAAGAUCAUAAUCUUGAAACACCAGGAUGGCCAGACGUCUUUGGUCAUGGAAGACUCUUGGCAUCACGAUUUGCCCAAUGGUUCCCAGAAGCUAUGUGAGAGUGCCGCAGUCUUGCGUUCGAACGGCCAACAGAUGCUAGUCUGUGGAAUGCGGGACGGUACCCUUCUAAGCUCUUCGUUUGAGGUAGGAGGGCAAGGCAUUUCUUCAUUCUCUUGGAGGUCUACCCAUAUGGGCACCACUCCAGCCAAAGUCACUCGUAGUGAGACUGAUCCUUCGUCUGCGUUUGUCUCGUGCGGCUCAGAUUUCUGUCGGGUGCGAUGUCCAAAAGACCAGUCAUCGUCUCUGAAGAUUGACUCCAUAUGGUUCACCGACCGUACUCACCCUGAGUAUAACCAAUCCCCAGUAUCAGCUGUGUAUCAGUUACCUCUGCUCCCGGAAUUGGAUAGCAUUGGAAGGAACAUCGGGGGCUUCCUAUUCGUCGUCGCUGGUGACCGUCUCCUUUUCUCCCAACUUGACUCGGACGUGAGAUGGCCAGGCAGUGAUACAGCUAUUCCGUCCGUAUGCGAUUCGAGAAUGGUCCCACGAAAGCUCAUUACAGGCGCUAAACCUACAAAUAUACUGUAUAUGCAAAGGCUACGACGCGUUCUCGUUUCCACCAUGGAAGCAAAGGAAAGCCGUGCGCCACCACAUGGUGAACGGGUCUUGCACUCGUCAAUCAAGUUACUCGAAGUCCGGGAUGACAGGUCCACAAUAGACACGGAUAUCAAGCAGGAAGAAGAAGAAAUGCUUCCCCAACGGCUGGUUGUUGCACAAUUCUCUCUUCAAAACGCGGAAAGAGUGUACUCCAUUGUUGAAUGGCAGUUUGUCAACCAGCAAGAUAGAAAAUACUCUCUCAUCAUCGUUGGUACAGGGGUCCAAGUGGGGCCAACUCAGCAAACCGGGAGGAGACUGAUAUUCAAUACCGGAAAGUCCGGCUCCAAACUAGAGCUGCAGAAGCAAUCCACAUAUGACCAGCCCGUCUAUAGCAUUGCAUUGUGGGACAACAAAACAACGAUCAGUAUCAUUGGAAAAACGUUGUCCAUGGAUCAGUUUGAUGAGCAGGACGGAAGGUGGUCUCAACGUGGAAAAGCAGACCUUCAUUCACCGGGUAUACACAUAUCAGUGUGUCGUCCUUUCGUCUACGUAUCAACGCUACAGCACUCUCACAUUUGCUUCAAGGUAGUGAGUGGACUACGCCCGGGUACUGUUGAAUUUGUUCCAUUUUUUUCGGAUAGUGGUGUGCGCAACUGCUCACGGCAUCUCGUCAUGCAUGUGCAGAGUGCGAACGACGAAGACCACAGCGAUCAUUUUGUCCUAGUCACAGACAAGAAGAGUAGCUCGGUAAUAGGCCUCUUUCAGCCACUCGAACAUACGUACAACAACGCGUCAACCACGCUGUUCGAGGCAUGUCUCUCCCAUACCGUGGUGCGCAUCGAUCGCGGCAAUAUUCGCACGCCCUGGCGUCGAGCAAAUCCCAAUGGUACGAUCACAGGUGUGCUUGCUGACGAUAUCAUUGGUGCCUGUACCGAUGGAACCAUUUUCGCCUUUUCCAUUCUCUCCCAGCCGGCGCGCCAUCUUUUGCGCCUGAUUCAAAAUCUCAUCGAAGUAAAAAAUGCACGCUCAAGUGUACAUAAGCACGAAACUGUCAAGCUGCACAGCGGCGGUAUCUUCCAAAUUCUCAUUUCUACCGCUCCAGAAACUCAAAACAGCGACGUAAUGAUUAGAGAUGUUGAUCCACGGCACCUGGAACGCUCAUCGCAACGCGGACCCAAGCAUAAGCAUAUCGAUGGUGAUUUGCUGAAGAGGUGGUUAAGCGACAGUGGUGACGUUGAGAGUCUGGUUUGCGAUGGCGCUGAUGCCGAGAUUGGUGCUUUGUUCAGGAAAUUGGCACUGCAUGUUGAUGGAAGCUGGGUUGACAGAGAUGCGGAUAUCCAGGGAGCUCGUUUAUACGAGCACGUGAGGACAUGGAUGCAGCAUGUGCUGAUGCCUGUGCUCUGA